CUGCCAUAGAAACUGUUUCGAUUUGAAAUAGACAUGGCUGUACCUUUUUCUAAUACAACUUUAAGAGUUCCACAUGGAUUUCCAAACUUGCUGGAGGGUUUCGCUCGAGAGGUGUUACGGCAUCAACCAAAAGACAUUUACGGCUUCGGUGCCAAGUAUUUCGAAGAACUUUUAAGAAAAAGAGAAGAAACGGGUAUCGAAGACUUGGCUCAGCUUGGAGCAAAACUAGAUGACAGAUAUUAUAAUAAUAAAGCUUAUUGUACUGGUACUUGCAGUAUUAAUAAUGCUGAACAUCAAGAAGCCGCUGUACGUAUUCAAGCAGAAUAUCGUAGACAUAUGGCUGUUCAAGAGACUGAGCAUAUACGUGAAGAAAAUGCUGCGACACGAAUUCAAUGCAACUACCGAGGUUACAGGGAUAGAAAACUAGUGAAGUCAUUAAAAGAAAAGAAAGAAAAUGAAAGCCAAUCAGAAAACAUACAACAAGAAACUGAAAAACAAUCAGAACCCUCUGAAUCAAGUAAUCAAGAAGAUAUCUUAUCAGAUACUUCAAGUUCAUUAGACAAUCAACAGAUUACCAAAAUACCUGAAGAAAUAAAUAAUAAUAAUAGUACUGAAGCAGCUAUUAAAAUCCAAUCUAAUUAUAGAAAUCAUCUUGGCAGAAAACGUAGUCAAAAUGAAAUUAUAAACGAAUCAGACAGUGAAUCUAGUCAACAUCAUCACGAUUCAUCAUCAACAGAAACUUCAAGAUUUGAAUUAAAAGAAAAUCAAACCUUCAAAGAAUCAUCUCUUGCAAAAACUCCUGAAAUAGACGACAAUCAAAGUAACAAUUCUGUAGAAGAAGAAAAAUCUUCUGAUAAAGUUGAUAACAAUAAUAAAACAGAUAAUCAUUCAAUUCCAGAAGAAAAUUUAGAACCAGAAGAACCAACAGUUGACGAAGUAACAGAAAAUUCUAACGAAAUAUUGACUGAAGAUAAAAGUAUUGCUGAAAAUACAGAUUCAGAGGACCAAACAAGUGAUAAAACACCAAGGAAAGAUCAGGAAGAAGAUGCUAGAAAACCUAAAAAACCAGAAUCUGACGGUCAGCUAAAAGAAUCAUGAAAAGCAGAAAUGAAUAAACAAUGAGCAAACAUUUCACUUUACUUUCUCUUACCUCUCUGAUAUACUACUGAAUAGUGUCGCACAUUUUCUUCUCAUAAUAAAAUAUUCUCAUCUUAUCACGUUUUAAAUCAUAUAAAUAUAUACAUACCUGUAUGCAUUAGACAUUGUUUCCCUCAACAACGUAAUUGAUAACCUUAAUAACAAAUAAAUAUUCUGUCUUGCUAAGCUGAUGGCUUAUGACUGUUAAAAAAACACAUUAAUAUCACACAAUUUGUGUAAUUCUUGUAGUUUUCUUUCAGGCAUUCAUUUUGACACCAUAAUCUUCAUGAAAUCCGUCGAAAUGCGUCCAUUCAUUACUGACAUUCAUUAUUAUUAUUACCAUUAUCUGAUUUGUUUUGGUGGUGUUCAUCUGUUUCCUUUUCAUUUUUUGUUAUCUUUAUUUCUGAUCUUUUUUUCUUGGCUCAUAAACUUUAGUUUUUGCAAAAAAAAUGUAAAGUAGCUUACUUUUUAUUCUGUGUGCUACGUUUCUUUUUCUUCGUCUUCUUCUUCUAACUGUUGUCAUCUGUUUCCUUCGAAGUUGUCCAGCACUUUUUUUCCUUUCUAUUCUCAUAAAUACAGUAUAGAUGCAUAUUUCCUCAUUGAUGUAGCAUUAAAAGUGAAUUAUUAAAGUUUAUAUGUAUACAAUAAUAUGCAUAUCAAAUAUUAUAUACAUGUUUGAGUUUAUUACUGCUACUACUCUUAAUCAGUCAGUUAAUGGGGUGAUGUGUCUAAAAACGAU